AUGGAAGGUGCGGGCAAGCGAAAGCGUAACGAUGUCGAAGGAGAGGACAAGGAAAAGGAAGCAGGCCCGAACCAUGCCACCAAGGAGGGCAAUGAGGAGGUAGCGCCCCACGCCAAGCAGCCCAAGAUGGACCCCUCGCCCGCUCCUGCCGUCGGUCCACCGCGACCCACUGGCGAAGCCUCAAGCGCUAAGAAGCAGAAAAAGAAGAAAGUGUUGCAGUUCGAGCAGCUCUACCUGCAGAGGCUUCCCUGCGCGGAAAUGUACGAAAAGAGCUACAUGCACCGCGACCAUGUCACGCACACGGCAAUAUCGCGCAAGGACUUUUUCAUCACGGCCAGCAAAGAUGGGCACGUCAAGUUUUGGAAGAAGAAGCCCGAGGGCAUCGAGUUUGUAAAACACUUCCGUGCCCACGUUGGACCCGUGGCGGGCUUGGCGGUGAGUCGCGACGGGACACUGUUGUGCACCAGCUCGCUCGACAAGACUCUCAAGAUAUUCGACAUCACCGGCUUUGACAUGAUCAAUAUGAUCUCGCUGCCCUUCGUGCCGGGGGUGUGCGAGUGGGUAACGCAGAGGGCAACGGGGCGGCCUCUCCUGGCGGUGGCGAGUGCCGAGGGUCCGGAGAUCUACCUGUAUUCGAUCAACCCCGACGUGGUGGACGACGUGCCCACACCCAAGCACGUGUCGAAUGACGCGUUCGAGGCCGUGGUCUCUGUGGACGGCAAGGGCAUGGUGGAGUAUUGGUCGGCGAACGAUUUCGCCUUCCCGAGCAGCACCGUCAAGUUCGCCUACAAGACCGACACCGACCUCUACGAGUUUGCCAAGUGCAAGACACUGCCCGUCUCCCUCGAGUUCAGCCCCGAUGGACGUCUCUUUGCCACCAUGUCGCAUGACAGGCAGGUGCGCAUCUUUAGGUUUCUCACGGGCAAGGUCAGCAGAACCUACAACGAGUCUCUCAGCGUGUUUGUAGACGCGCAGAGGGACGGCUCCUCGCCGUACAGGCUCGACCCCAUCGACUUUGGGCGCCGUGUGGCCGUGGAGAAGUCAUUGGAUGUGGCCAAGGACAAAGCGCCGCCCUCCAACGUCAUUUUCGAUGACAGCGGCAACUUUGUGUUGUAUCCGACAAUGGCUGGCAUCAAGGUGGUGAACCUGGUCACCAACCAGCUGGUCAGGCUCAUCGGCAAGGUGGAGGCGACGGAGCGUUUCCUGGCGAUCGCGCUGUACCAGGGGCGCACGCAGGGGUCGGUCGAGACGGGGGACAUGCGGGCGGAUGCGGAGGAGGAUCCCACGCUGGUGUGCGCUGCGUUCAAGAAGGGCCGCUUCUACCUCUUCAGCCGCCGGGAGCCGGAGGAGGGGGAGGACAUUCUGCACGGCGGGCGGGAUGUUUUCAACGAGCGUCCGCCCAAGGACGAGGCGGUGGCGGCUGCCAAGCCCAUCGCGAGUCACCUGGGGUCGGCGGCGGUCAUCCACACGACGAUGGGCGACAUUCACGUGCAGCUGUUCCCCGUCGAGUGUCCCAAGACCGUGGAGAACUUUGCCACCCAUUCGCGGAACGGCUACUACAACGGUCUCCUCUUCCACCGUGUCAUCCGGGGCUUCAUGGCUCAAACCGGCGACCCGCUCGGUGACGGCACUGGCGGCACCUCCAUCUGGGGUUCCGACUUUGAGGACGAGUUCCACCCCAAGCUCCGCCACGACAGGCCCUUCACCGUCUCCAUGGCCAACGCUGGACCCAACACCAACGGCUCCCAGUUCUUCAUCACCACCGCCGCCAUCCCUCGCCUAGACGGCAAGCACACCGUCUUUGGCCGCGUCACCAGGGGCUCCGAGGUCGUGCUCGCCCUCGAGAAG